AUGAUAGAAUUAUUUCUUACUACUAAUAAAAAGAAGAGGAAAAAGAAGUUUGUUAUUUUAUUUCUCUAUAUUAUUUUAAGUUGGGUUAUACAAAUUUGCCUGACAUAUAGGUUAGGAAGAAAAAACAUGUCACACUAUUUAAUAAAUUACAUAGAUAAGAACGAUUUGUUAUUAUAUAAUAUAAAUAGAAAAAAGAAAAGAAGGGAAAAAGAAUACUUUAUAAAUGUCACGAAAAGAAAUUUACAAAAAUUAUGGAAGGAGAGAAAUAAAAAAUUCUCACUAUAUAAUAAUAAUAUUAAUUCUGGAGAAUUAGCUUAUGUUAAAAAUCAAAAGAAAAAAAUGAUAAAUAUAAUAAAAGAGUGUGUUGAUAACUUGUUAUUUAUUAAUCGUUCCUUAGUUGAAGAGAUGUUAGAAGAUGAUAAUAAAAAAUAUGAACAGGCAAAUAGAGAAAAUAAUAAUAAUAAUAAUAAUAUAGAAAAGGAUAUACAAGUAGAUGUAACAAAUAACCUUUUGUCAAAGGAUAAUUAUUUUAUAGAUAAAAAAAAAAAAAAUAUAAUUAAUAGUUAUAUUGAAGAAAUAGAUAAAUUUCUAGAAACAUAUGAUUUUAAUGAAAACAAAGAAGAUAUAUUAAAUUAUGAAAAAUAUAUAUCAAAUGUUAUUCUUUAUAAUACAGUUAUAAUAAAUAAUAAUCAUGUGAAUCAAAAGAAUUAUAUGGAUAGGGUUAUUUUUAAUUAUAUUAAUUUGAUUCUCUUAAGUAAGGCCGGUACGAUGGAAGACAGAGGUGGUAAUACAUGCCAUGUGGAAAAUAUACAUGAUGAAGAAAAUAUUUAUGAUAAAAAUAAUAUUUGUGAUAAAGAAAAUAUUUAUGAUAAAGAAAAUAUUUAUGAUAAAAAUAAUAUUUGUGAUAAAGAUAAUAUUUGUGAUAAAAAUAAUAUUUGUGAUAAAGAAAAUAUUUAUGAUAAAGAUAAUAUUUGUGAUAAAAAUAAUAUUUACGAUAAAGAUAAUAUUUGUGAUAAAAAUAAUAUUUACGAUAAAGAUAAUAUUUACCAUAAGGAAGAUAUAAUAACGUCUAAAUUUUCAAAUAACAUAUAUAAUAUAGAACAUAUUUGUAAAAAAUUGGUAAUGAUAAAAAAGGCUGUGAUAUAUUUGAUGAAAAAAUAUAAUAUAAAAAUAGAAGAGUUAUAUAUAGAAGCAGAAACGCAUGAUAUAAAAAUAAAAAGAAAUAUUUAUGAAGAUAAUGUAGAAAAGAAAAGUGACUGGAAGUUAAUAUUUUUAGGUACUGGAUCGAUGUACCCAUCAACUAGUAGAGGGACAUCAUCAUUUAUUUUUCAAACAAUAAAAAAAAAAUGUAAUGAGGCUUUCUUGUUUGAUUGUGGAGAAAAUACAUUUAUAGCAUUACAAAAAGCUAAUAUUAAAGUUAGUAAAAUAAAAAAUAUUUUUAUUACUCAUUUACAUGGUGAUCAUUGUUUAGGAUUAAUUUCUGUAUUAACCAUGCUGAGGAAUAUGAAUACAAUAAAUAUAUAUGGUCCAGAAGGAUUAUAUAGAUUUUUAAAAAAUAAUUUUAAUUGUACGUAUUCGAAGAGGAUUGCUAAAUUUUGUGUAUACGAAUUGAAAGAUGGAAACGUCACAAAUGGGUCCAACCAAAAAAUUGUAAAUAAUACUAACAGCUGUUAUAAUUUUAAUAAUAAUAAUAAUAAUAAUAAUAAUAAUAAAAAUAAACGAAAUAUAGAAUACGUUUAUAAAAAUGAACACAAUUAUUAUCCUAUUUUAAAAAAUGAUUAUAUUGAAAUAAAUGCUUUCCCCAUUAAACACACAGUACCAACUGUAGGAUAUAUAAUAAAAGAAAUAAAUGUAGAAAAUAAAUUUAAUGCAAAUUAUAUUGAUUCUCUUAUAAAAAAAAAUUAUGACGAGCUAAAAAAAUGUGAAAAUUUAGAUUAUGUACCUUAUAAGAUAUAUGAAAAUAUUAUAAGGAAAAUGAAUUAUAAUGAUGUAAUUAUUUUCCCAGAUCAAACAAAACUUACUUUUCAUAAAGCAUAUAAAGAAAUUUAUAAAGAAAGAAAAAUAGUAGUAUGUCAAGAUACAUACGAUGCAUCAAAUUUACAAGAGCAUGCAAAGGACGCUGAUGUUUUAAUACACGAAUCUACUAAUAGUCUUGUCGAUUUAACACAUGACCUACAAGCUGGGAAUGGAUUGUAUGAAGAUAUACCUAGCAUGGUUAUGUUGUCAAAAAAUAGGAAUCAUAAUGUGCAAGUUUUAAAUAAAAAAAGUGAUACACGUGGUGAAAAUGGAGCGAUCAACGGAAAUAUGAACGAACAUGCAUGUGGUGGUGAGAAGGAACAUAUAGGUGUGGGUGAGAAGGAUCAUAUAGGUGUGGGUGAGAAGGAACAUAUAGGUGUGGGUGAGAAGGAACAUAUAGGUGUCGGUGAAAAGGAACAUAUAGGUGUCGGUGAAAAGGAACAUACAUGUGGUGAUAACCAGGCGUCCCCCUGUGACCACAGGAAUCAUUGUGAUGGUGAAGAACCACAUGAAAACACAACAUAUAAAAGCGACAAAUCAAAUUGCCUUUUUGAAAAAAAUACAAAUAAUGAUGAGCUCAUGAAAAGCUAUAACAAAAUAAUUUCAGAACGAGGGCAUUCCACAGCUAAUAUGGCUGGAGAUUUUGCAAGAAAAAUUAAUGCGAGAAAAUUAAUUUUAACUCAUUUUUCACAAAGAUAUAUUGGAGACAACAAGUUAAAAAAUGUCCUUGUUAUGAAAAAGAUAGAAAAAGAAGCAAUGGUUUCGUUUUUAUCCGUUGAUCCAAAAAAAGAGACAAGUGAUAUAAAUAGAGGUGAUUACACAAAUAAUAAUAACAGUAUAAAUAACCAUCAUCAAAAUAUUGAUACUAAUGACCUACAUAAUGGAAAUGGAAAACAUGAAAUUACAAUUAAUAAAUAUAUUAACAUAAAUAAAAGUAAUAAUGAAAUAUUUAAAAACAAAAAAGAUAAAUAUUCUUAUGAUAAAGAAGUAAUUGCUGCAUAUGAUGGCCUAAUUGUACAUAUUCCACCACAACGAAAACAUUAA